UGAGGCCUGGAGCUGUCCACUGUCAUACCCCCUUCACGGCCCUUGCAGGCCCACAUCAAGUAUCGCCACUGGACGUCAAACUUCCCCUACCACGCCUACCUAGGCUCCGUACUCAACCAUUAUUCUCAAGCCGUGACCGAAGCUCCAGCUCCAGCUCCAUUGCCGAGAACGGGCACACUUUCACUCUCACACAAAGCUCCGAGUGUGACUACCUGACUGAGUAGUACUCCGCAGAAAUACUGCAUCUAUGAAACACAACAAUAAAAAGAGGUGAGCCACGCAGAGCAGCAACCAGGUGACAAACAAUAAAUACUCCCAAAAACAUACGGAAGUACUUCCUUGUCAUCUCGAAUAUCGGAUCAGAGAUCAGAGACAGUCAGCAUGUCCGACAAAUCGUACCUCAUCGUCGGCGCCGGCGUGUUCGGAGUCUCUACAGCGUACCACCUGAUCCGAAAGUACCCCGAAGCGUCAAUAACCAUUGUCGACCGGGACGCCUACGACGCGGACUCGCGCGUCGCCGCGUCGUGGGACUGGAACAAAGUCGUUCGCGCCGACUACGACGACCUCGUGUACUGCCAGCUGGGCAUCGAGGCCCAGGAUGUGUUCCGGUCCGACCCGCUGUGGAAGCCGUACUUCCACGAGACGGGCAUCUACUGGAUGUGCCGCAGCGACUACGCGCAGGACGUGCUGGACAACUACAAGAAGCUCGGGCGGCGAGCCGACCUGUCCGCUGUGCCCGUGGACGAGGCGAAGAAACUGUACGGCGGGCUCUUCGAGGACGCCGACUACACGGGCGUCAAGGAGGUCCUGGUCAACAAGACCAGCGGCUGGGCCGCCGCGGGGGACUGUCUAAUCGCCAUCACGAAAGAAGUCCUCCGCCUGGGCGUCAAGUACGUGACGGCUGAAGUCACGGGGCUGGAGUUCGACAUCCCGGGUCGAUGUACUGGCGUCACGACACCCAAGGGAGACGUCUUGAAGGCUUCGCACGUCAUUCUCUGCACCGGGGCGUACACGCCCAAGCUGUUGGAGCUAAGCGCCGCAAGUACAGGGAAGAAAGAUCUCUCGGCCGGCCCGAGGAUCGUGGCCGGUGGUAUCACGACGGGCAUGACGACCCUCGACGACAAAUCAUACAGCCGGUUUGCCUCUAUGCCUGUCGGAGUGCAAGGCUACACCGCGAAGCAAGGCCCUUUCAUCGGCAGUCUGCCGCCCACCAAGGACAAGGAGCUCAAGUGGUGGGGGCAAACGAUAUUCAAAAACACCAGCGAGGUCUUGCCAGGCCGCCUGAUAUCCAUGCCUCCCGCCGAACCCGACUACGCGCAAUGGAACGUUUCCGGAAGACUGAAGGAGGACAUCAACCACGCCAACCACGUCUUCUACGGCAAGAAGGGCGCCUCGUGGAAGAUGGAAAAACACCGGAUUUGUUGGGACGCAUUCACGACCAGCGCCGACUUCAUCAUCUCGCCGCAUGCAGCCGCCAAGGGCCUAUUCGUCGCGACCUGCGGCAACUUCCACGGCUGGAAGUUCUUCCCCGUGCUCGGCAAGUAUAUAGUACAAAUGCUUGAGGGAUCGCUGUCACCGGAACUGGCGGAGAAAUGGGCUUGGGAUCGCGAGCGGCCGGAUGCAUCAGGGAAUGCAGAUUACCCGAGAUGGGAGAUGAAGGAUCUGCUAGAUCCAGUACGAACGUCGAAGCUUUAAUCCGAGUGCGAUCAAUACCGGCGUUCGCAUACAUUACAUAGUAGUUGUCAGUCAAGCGACGAGGAAGUUAUCUCGUAAGGGUACAGAACGAGUAGAAUUCAUUGGUAUUCGUGUGGAGCACCCAGUGGAGUAGGAUAAGGUAUCGGG